CGCACUUUGACUCUUCCACUAGUUUCUUUAUUUUGUGCAGAAAAUUGUAUUGUUACUAUCCGAAAAAUUGCGUGCAAGUCCACGGUGUACAUAUAUACAUAUGUUACAAAUUAAUUGUGAUCAGAGCGGAGCAGUGUGCAAUCAAUAAUGCAAGGUGCUGCAAUUGCAGUUGCCUAAUAGAACAUUUUAUAACUGGAUUUGGAGUCGCCGUCAUUAUCGUCGUCGCGUCGUCGUUGCCGUCGCCGUCGUACGUGGCGUUUAUUUCGAAACGGCUCAAUCAGCAGCAGUCAGCAAGUCGAGGUCGCCGCCGUCGUUGGCAGUAGCAAUAGCAAUUGCCCAGCAAUUGCCACUAACUUUGGACUGCAGCAGCAGCGGGGGGCGGUUUCUAUUGCCAAGAUGACCGAUGCGACGGCUAAGACGACGACGGCCGAAAAGGGCGACCCGGAAAUGAAAGGCUGGCUUCUAAAGUGGACCAACUACAUCAAGGGCUAUCAGAGGCGCUGGUUUGUACUCUCCAAGGGAGUGCUUAGCUACUAUCGCAACCAGUCGGAGAUGAAUCAUACGUGCCGCGGUACAAUCUCACUCCAUGGUGCCCUUAUACAUACUGUCGACUCCUGCACUUUUGUUAUAUCGAAUGGAGGCACACAGACGUUUCACAUUAAGGCCGGCAACGAAGUGGAGCGUCAAUCAUGGGUCACAGCACUGGAGCUGGCCAAGGCAAAGGCCAUACGUGCCAUUGAGAGCGAGGAAGAGGAAGCUGAAGAGUCGGCGCAAGUGGUGCCCAGUCAAGAGAUCAACGCGGUUGUGCACGAUCUUACCGAAAGGCUGGAAAAUAUGCGCACCUGCUACGAUCUGAUUACAAAGCAUGGUGCCGCGCUCCAGCGGGCAUUGAAUGAUCUGGAAUCAAACGACGAGGAGUCGCUGGCGAGCCGCACAAAAAUUGUCUACGAACGCGCCACACUCUUCCGCAUCACAUCGAAUGCAAUGAUAAAUGCCGGUAAUGAUUAUUUGCACACGGCAGAGUCGCAGGGCUACAAAUGGUCCAAAAUGUUGCAGCACGAGCGCGAACAGCGCCAACGGCUAGAGGAGAUCAUUGAGCAAAUGGCCAAGCAGCAGUCUCAAAUGGAGCAGGCCGCAGUCUUGGUGCGACAAAACAAGCCGGUUCCGGCCAUGGUAUCAUCGAGCACUACUAUGCUUCUCCCUGCAGGCACCUCCAGCACGAUGCUAACUUCUGACGAUGAAGUGGAAUACUUCGAUGCCGAGGAGAACGGCUAUAUGGGUCGCCUCGAGUCGCCGUUAUCAGGAGAGCGGACAUUUAUUGUGAAACUUGGUCAGCGCAGCAGCAGCUCCGAGGACCAAGUUGAGGGUCAGACGGGCAGCUCAUCAGAGAGCGAUGAGCAGAAACGCACAGUGAAGACCAUACAACAGGUUCGUGUUGUGAGUGCACCGCGCGUGGCCUCUGGCGAUGAUGACAAGAUCGAUCACGCCGCCGCGAAUUCGUCGUCCCCAAAAAAUACGUUGCCCUCGGAGAGUGGAAGCCAGCGCAGAAUCAGCAGGCCGCGACGCUCUAGGGUGCCCGACAAGCCCAACUAUCCGCUUAGCUUAUGGUCCAUAAUGAAAAACUGUAUUGGCAAGGAUCUGUCCAAAAUACCCAUGCCAGUGAACUUUAACGAACCGCUGUCCAUGCUGCAACGCCUAGUCGAGGACUACGAAUACGCCGAUAUUCUGGACAUCGCAUCACGGUGCAAGGACGAGUGUGAGCAACUGGCCUAUGUGGCCGCCUUUACUGUCUCAGCAUAUGCAACGACCUCGAAUCGCACUGGCAAACCCUUUAAUCCACUACUGGGUGAAACUUUCGAAUGCGACCGCAGAGACGAUCUGGGUUGGCGUUGUCUGGCCGAGCAGGUUUCACAUCAUCCACCCGUAGCCGCCAUACACUGCGAGGGCAGGGAUUGGACCUGCUGGCAGGAAUUCUCCAUGACCAGCAAGUUUCGCGGCAAGUAUGUGCAGGUAAACCCCCUCGGUGCCGCAUAUCUGCUGUUCUCAGAAAGUGGCAAUCGGUACUCUUGGCGCAAAGUGACAACGACAGUGAAUAAUAUAAUUGUGGGAAAGCUGUGGGUAGACCAACAGGGAGAGAUGGAGAUCGUGGGAUCAAAUGCGGCUGAGGGAAACAAAUGCGUUCUAAACUUUAUACCCUACUCGUAUUUCUCGCGUGAGGUGCAGCGCAGCGUAAAGGGCGUGGUUAUAAAUCGAAAAAACGAAGUGAAGUUUGUGGUGCGCGGCACCUGGGACGAAAAGAUAGAAAUAGCCCCAGUGCUGGCUACAAGCGGUACUGCGGACAGUCCGACUUAUACAACUGGAGCGUAUACGGUGGCAUGGCAGCGACGUCCACCACCACCUGAUUCAGAUAAAUUCUAUAACUUUACUACGCUGGCAUGCCAACUGAAUGAAAUGGAGGAGGGUGUGGCACCCACAGACUCCAGACAUCGCCCCGAUCAACGUCUCAUGGAGAUCGGCGACUGGGACGAGAGCAACAAAGAGAAACUACGACUGGAGGAGAAGCAGCGCAGCGUGCGAAGGCAACGCGAAUCUGAUGCAGAAGCGGCGGCGGCAGAGGGCCGACCAUACCCGGCCUAUGAGCCAAUGUGGUUCAAGCGCGAAAAAGAGGAUGGCACAGAAAACUUUGUGCAUGUCUACAAAAACACAUAUUGGGAGGCGAAGGAGGCGCAGGACUGGACUGGUUGUCCAGACAUCUACUGAGCAAGAUAUAACGGCAGCAGGUGUUGGUCGAAAACGAACGAAAUGCUGCCCUAAAUCUGGUGGCAAGCACAUAUUCUAAAAAAAAUAUCCUGAACACACCCCUGCUCUCCUAUAUAAGCAAGACACACAACCCAUACUUGUCGCACUUAAAAAACGAAGCCUAAGCAACUUUUAUCAAACUAUGAUCUAAUCUAUGUAAUACCAUUCGUCUCUACUAGCUCAUAUACAUAAAUUAAUUCCAUGAAGAA